AUGGAGAGAGUUGAAAGAGCUCCAAACUGGAACACAAACGGGAAAAGAUGUGGAUUCCUGUACAACGUCGUGGUAACAAACGUAAAGGCGUCGGUGGAUUUGAAGAGAUCAGUAGAACUAAAGAAAACUAUAAAGCAGUCGUCGAGCCAAAUUCGAGAUGAAAAGGAUUCAGAUAACUUUUAUAGCAAUAAAACAAGUUUGAGUGCAGAGAACCAAUAUAACUCAGCACUUACACUUCAUUUUGUGUCUGAAGAUGGUGCUGAGUGGAGCACGUCACUGAUAUACUCGCCGUAUUUUUACAUUGCAGUUUUGCGUGAAGAGUUGAUGGAUAUAGCGUUACAGUUUCUGUAUAAUAAUUUUAGAAGCCAUUCGAUAGGACCAGUGUUGUUAGAGCCGUGUAGAAGAAUAGACCUGUCACUCCCGAACCACCUGGAGAAAGUAGAUCCAGUAGAAGGUGUAAGUAAACAUAAUUUAGCCAAGUUAAUAAAAAUAAGCUUUAAAACAAUAGACCAACUUGAGCGAGGACGUGAUAUGAUAACGUCACUAAAGCGCCAAUUUGAAAAGGAUAAUCAGAUAAAUGAGUCUAAAAAUGAAUAUGAUGAAUUUGAUGAGGAUGUUUUCUCAUCAAAUUAUCAGUCAAAAACACAAUACGACAAUUUUAACACAGUGUCUAAGGAUAGUGAAAUAACAGUUGAAGGUAUGGGAUUAAGUAAAAAGUAUGCAUCGAACUCAGUAUUAAGAAUAAUUGGAGAAUUGUAUGAACAUGACGUGUUAUAUAUUAAUAGAGUGUGUAUAGAUUUGGGAAUAAGAUGUGGGACAUGGUAUGAGGUAAGACGUGAGGAUUUUAACGUUUCAGUAACGCCUUUGGAAAAAACAAGUGUACCUCCACUCAACGUCUUCGCAUGGGAUAUCGAGUGUUAUAAGCCGCCACUCAAAUUCCCUGAUAUGGAAACCGAUGAAAUUAUGCUCAUCUCAGUCAUGUUCAACGGCCAAGGUUAUUUAAUAGUAAACCGUACCAUAGUUUCAAAGGAUAUUGCAGAGUUUCUCUACCAGCCAAGAGAAGAUAUUGUGGGAAAUGCCUGCUUCAAAAUAUAUAACGAAAGGACUGAACGGGACUUGUUGAUGCGAUUUUUUUACCUAAUUAACUAUUUGAAGCCUCAUAUAUUUGUAACAUAUAACGGCGAUAACUUUGAUUUCCCAUACGUCAAUCGCAGAGCUGAGAUUAACGGGAUUCAUAUGAACAAGGUUUCAGGGUUACAUCUCUCAAGUGAGUUAUUUCAACACGCCGCAAUUUUGAAUAUGGAUUGUUAUAAAUGGGUUGAAAGGGAUUCAUAUUUACCCUUUGGCUCCAGAACUUUGAAACAAGUUUGCAAACUAAUGUUAAAGUAUAAUCCGGUAGAAAUCGACCCUGAGGAUAUGGUACAUUUAGCCAGAGUAACCCCUCAAAAGUUAGCAGUUUACAGUGUUUCAGACGCCGUGGCAACCUACCAUUUAUAUAUGAAGUUCAUACACAAUUUCAUUCUAGCACUUAGUUAUAUUGUGCCUUUAGCCCCAAAUGAAGUCUUAAGACAAGGUGCAGGAACGCUUUGUGAAAAUUUACUCAUGGCACAGGCGUACGCCAAUAAUAUUCUAUUUCCAAAUAAACACAUUCAGAAGGCAAUUCGGUUUUAUACAAAUCCUGAAACUGAAAGACAACAUUUGGUUUAUGAAAACACUUACAUUGGUGGAAGAGUAGAGAGCCUAAGGUGUGGAAUCUUCAGAGACGAUCAGGCUGAAAACUUUGAACUCUCGUCCUCGACAUAUGAUGAUCUCAUUAAUAACCUUGAAAACUCACUCAUUUACUGGGCUAAACAUUCUAAAAUUAUCAACAAUAUUGAUGAAAUUGAUAUUAUUAGUGAAACCCCUAUGAAAACUAAUAAUCCAAUGGAAAUAGAUAAUAGUAUGGAAACUGAUAAUCCCGUGAGGACGGAAAAUUCUGUAGGAAUACCUUCAGAAAGAUUGAGAAGGAUAUUUUCUAGAUUUGAUAAUUUUGAGCAAGUGUAUAAAGAAUUAUGUGUGAGAUUAGGUAGAUUGAGAGAUGAGCCGAAUGUGAGGACAUAUCCAAGAAUCUAUCACUUGGAUGUGGGUGCAAUGUACCCGAACAUAAUCAUAACACAGCGUUUACAGCCGACAGCAAUAGUGGACGAGAAGUUCUGUGAAAAGUGUUCAUACUAUUCAGAGUCUGAGCGUUGUCAGAAGCGAAUGCGCUGGAAACAAAGACUUGAGAUUUCACCUAUAGACAAGAGUCAAAUCUUAGUGGUGAUGCAAAAUUUGAAGGCAAGAACAUACCAACCGUCAGAAAUCCCAUAUCAACACCGUGAGGAGACAUUUGAAGAUUCAGAAGUUGAUAGUGACACACAAGAAAGUGAACUUAAACCGAAAGUGAGGACAUGGGAACAGCUUACAGAGCGUGAAAAGGGUGCACAUUUACAACGUGCAGUAAAGGCGUGUUCUCAGAAGAUUUUUAAAAAAACUCGUAUAUAUAAAGAGGCUGACGUUGAGAGUAUUAUAUGCCAGCGUGAAAACCAUUUCUACGUACAAACAGUACAGACGUUCAGAGAUCGACGUUAUGCAUUCAAGCAUUUGAAAAAAGAAGGUGAAAAUGAGCUAAAAGAGUUGAUUAAAAAUGGUUGUAACGAUCCAGUGCUAAUCAAAAGUGUGAGAGAAAAGAUAUUAAUUAAUGACUCACUUCAACUGGCAUAUAAAUGUAUAUUGAAUAGUUUCUAUGGAUAUGUCAAGAGAACAGGCUCAAGAUGGUAUAGUAUGGAAAUGGGUGCUAUUGUAACUUAUACCGGCGCUUCAAUUAUCGAUUCCGCUAGAAAACUUAUUGAAAAAAUCGGAAUACCAAUUGAACUCGAUACUGAUGGUAUCUGGUGCAUGUUACCAGAUAUUUUUCCAGCUGUUCUUGAUCUUACAUAUACCGUAAAUACUCCCGAAGGUGAGAAGAAAAAGAGUGUGGAAUUGGAAUAUAUGACAACAGUAUUGAAUAUGUUAAUAGCUGAGGAAUGGACAAAUGAACAGUAUUUGGAUCUUGAGGAAUCAGGUCGAUAUGUGACAGUUCAGAAGAAUGAGAUUUUCUUUGAACUUGACGGUCCAUGGCAUGCGAUGUUUCUACCAGCUUCAGAGAAAUCAGAGGAGCUAUUGAAGAAACGAUAUGUGGUCUAUAACCAUAACGGACAAAUUGUGGAAUUGAAAGGCUUUGAGAUAAAGCGACGUAGUGAAAUGAGGAUGAUUCAACUGUUCCAGGAGGAUAUUUUCCCUCAAUACUUGAUGGGUCAGACAAAGGAACAAGCAUACCAAAAUGCGGCUAAAGUAGCCAUUUCCUACAGAAAAAUACUCGAUACAAGAGCUUCAGACUUGGCUGAUGAUGACUUGUUUGACUUACUUUUAUCGAAAAAGACUGUUAGGAAGCCUGUGAUAGAACAGCCACAUCAAAAGUGUUUUGGUAUAACUUCAGCUCGUAGACUUUCAGAAUUAUUUAAAAAUGACAGUUACUUAAAUGAUGCGAAUUUGUCAAUGUCAUUUUUAUUAGCAUCUCAGCCAACAGAUGCACCAAGAACUGCUCGUGCAAUACCAAUUCAGACAUUUAAAGUUGAUAAGACAGUCCGUUCACAAUUUCUAGCGAAAUGGCUUAAAAUUCAACUUUCAACAGCAAUGAGAAUGUCAUCACGUGAUAUCCUCGAUUGGAACUAUUAUAAAGAAAGGAUUGAUACUCAGAUUUUAAAACUUGUAGUAUUACCUGCAAUCAUGCAAGGAUUGAUCAAUCCAAUACCACAAGUUGAGUUACCCAAAUGGGUUAAACGUAAACAAUCAAUUCUAGAUAAUAAACAUCAUACCAUUUCAUCAUAUUUCAAUACCAUUACACAGAAUAUUAUUAAUACUAAUCAUACGGUUAAGAAUAUUGAGAAUGAGAUAGUGGAUGAUGUAAUAGAUUGGUUGGAAGAAUUGAAGAAAAAGUGGAUUAAAAGUGUAAUAAAUUUCAAGAAUAUACAAAAGAAUACAUUUAAUAAGAUAAAUUACAACUUACAUAAAGAAUUAAAAUCGAAAUUAUUAAAUGGAAAAUCACAUGGAUUAGAUUUUGAUGAUUAUUAUUCACUCUUUACUGAAACUUGGCAUAUUAUUGAUUUCACAUUAGAUCCACAUGAAUGUGGAUAUUUGAAUUGUAAAGUAUCAAUAUAUAAUAAACCUGUAAUAUUAAAUGUUAGAAUAGAAUUAUGGCGUAAAUUAUAUGUCAACAGUAAUUCUAAAUUACAAUUUACUACCAAUACUAAUACUAAUGGAGCUACUGGUACUACUAACGGUACUAAUACCACUAAUACUAAUGGUAUAAAUAUGAAAGAAGUUUAUAUGAAAGAAAUAAAAGAUAAUUAUUUUUUACCAAGAGGUGUUAAUCAGAUGAAAUUAAUUGAACUUGAGAUGAAGGAAUCUUAUUUUAUAAAACAUUUAAAAAAUUCUAUUAACUCAAUAUUACAUAAAACUAUUGAAGGUGUUUAUGAAUCUAAAAUUCCUGUUACAUUUGAUUUCAUUAGUAAAAUCGGUACUAUUAUCAAUAUACGUAAUUAUACACCAAAUAAUGUAUUAAGUGAAGGAUUAGAAUUUAAAUCGAAUAGUAUAAGUUCAAAUAUAUCAUUACAAACAGUUGAUUUGAAUUAUUUAAGUGAUUUCAAUAUAACAUUUGUACACAUUUUUCAUUCUAUAGAUAAUGAUACUAAAAGACGUAAUAGGAUAUAUGUUGGAAUAUAUAAUAGAGGAGAACAUUAUGUGAAUAAAAUAUAUAUUGGAGGACCAAUAGUGUUAAAAAAAUAUAAUGAAGAACAAUUUUCUAAUAUUUCCUUACCAAUAUUAGAAAAAUAUAAACAAAAAUGGAUUAAUUCCAAUGAUAUAAUUGGACAAUAUAUGAAUCCAUAUAUAUUUCCAGAUUGUUUUGGAUAUGAUUAUACUAUUGAUAUUGAAGGUUUAGAUGCUUCAUCAACAGCAUGUAAAAAUAUAUUAAAGAAAGUUGAUUCUUAUCUUAAUUCAUUAAGACCAUCAAUUUCUAAAAAGAAACAUUUUCUAUACAUUUAUUCUUCAAUUGAUAAAUCUGAAUUGGGAGAAUGGUCAAAAGGUGAAUAUUAUCCAGUAUAUUUUGAUCCUAUUGGUAAAUCACAUCCACAAAUAUUAUCAAAUCUAUUCUUAAAAAGUUCAUUUGAAGAAUCAAUAUCAUUAUUAAGUAAACAAUUUAGUAUUUUUGAGGAGAAAUUAUCAUUAUCAAGAAUCUCUGCAAUACCAAUUUUUGUUCUAUUAUCACUUAAUACACUUGAUACUUUCAAAUGUUUAUUUGAUAUCAUGUAUUCUAGAGCACUCAGAAUUUCAAAUACAAUACUUUGGGGUACAAAUGAGAGUGGAGUAGAUUUAGGAAUAAUACAUUUGAAUAAUACACAUUGUGAUUAUGAUAUACAAGAGAAUGAAAAUAAUUUUGAUUUUACAUUACCAGGAAUUUAUAGAUCAUAUGGAGCAAAAAUAACAUUUAAUCAAUCAAUAAUGUAUAAUGCAAUUCUACUUGAAUCUAAAAUGAAUGAUUAUAAUAAUUUCGAACAAAAUUCCAAUAAAAAUGAACAUGAAAUUGAUUUACAUUCUUCCAUUUUUCAUCCUAAUUCUUUCAAAAUACUUGGUACGAUGUUGGAGAAUUUAAUGAAUUUAACGAAUUUAGUAUAUCAAAAAGUUGAUUAUGUUACAUUUCAAAAUAUAGUUAACAUGUGUAGUUAUCUCAAAUCUUGGUUAUCUGAUCCUACAAGUAUAUUAUAUGAUCCAGCACUUUAUUCUAUGGUAUCAUAUACUAAACCAGCUAUGGUUGGUACAAGACAAUAUUUAGUGAGAUUAAUGAAACAAUUAUUAAUAAAACAUAAAUUGAAAACAAUACAUGUGGAUCCAACUUAUAUAAUUGUUCAAUCUGAUUGUAUAAGUAUAACUAAAGGAAGAACUCGAAUUGAAGAAGCACUUAAUGAUUUAGCUUCAAAUCAAUCCAAAUUCAAAAAUACACCAUUCUACGUUGAAGAAGAAUAUGUAGCAAUGGUACAAAUUGAUAAGAAUAACUAUAUUAGAUACAAAAAUUAUGUUGAUGCUUCUAAAGAAAAUUGUACUGAAAAUUUAAAAGUCUUAGAAUUCAUGCCAUUAGCUGUCGAAAUGUUCAUCAGAUAUUUUAUGAAGACAAUAACAUUGGAUCCGUUAUGGCGUAGUUUGAAAUCAUAUUAUGAAGACAAGAAUAGUGAGACGAGUUCGGAUAGUAUAGAGCCAUUGAAUUUGGUUCGUACAGAUUUUCAAAGGAUAUUAAAGAAGAUUCAGGAUAUGAUAAUUCAUGACUGGCAUCAGCCAGGCUCAUAUUUCUCCAGACUUUAUGAUUUAAUUUCAGACACUGAAACCUUUGCAAAAACAUUUGAUAAGAAUAAUAAACUUGUUAAAAUUGAAUUCCCAAGAUUACCUGGAACCACUUUAAGUGAUUCUGAUGAUUGGAGACUUGUAACUAUUAAUCUACUCUUACAUAUUAUGAAAAUUGAUAAAUCACUCGAUUGGACUAAUUUCUCACUCAUUUCAUCAUUCGACGUAUGUUAUACUUAA